CAGAAAGAAAAGCCUUUGCGCCGAUAAUUUAAAGCCGGAGUCCGUGCAUCGCCGCCUGUUUGCCGCUAACGCGUCCUACUUACCGGGUCGCCCGCUCUCGGUGCUAUGUGUCCGGGUCUCUCCGCAGCGCUGUGCUUGGUGCUGAUCCCGAUGGUGCCGAUUGUGAUCGCAGACAUUACCGGGAUACUGAAUGAAGCCGUCCGCUUGGAGGGAAUUUCGUGCUCCAAUAUGGUCGACGUGUGGUUUCUUGGAAAAGACAAUAAAACCAAAACCCAUGUCGUGUAUUCUGAUAUUUCUGGUAAAUCCCACGUGCAUUCACCCUACACGACGCUCAUCGAGCUGCUGGGAAAUGGAUCUUUUACGCUGGGUCCCUUAAGCAGGGAGCACGAAGGCUGCUACAUGUUUGAGUGUAACGGAUCGCCCAUGGUUUACGAGAACCUCCGAGUGGUCGAUCCGGUGGGGAAUGUGUCGGUCGUUCAGGUCUCUGACGGACUUUACUGUAACUUCACCGGCUAUAGUGUUUCUGUCUCGUGGUUUACUAACAAGCAGCCGGUUACUGAUGGAAGUCGGAUGCGGGAUGGGAAUCGCACCUUAGCUGUUCCGCUGAACGAGACGUCUGCGGAGUACGAGUGCCAAGUGACUGACGCCAUGAACAGGACCCACCGAUCGCCCGAAGUCCGUACACAAGAUCCUGAGCGACACCACUGGGCGCUGCUUGGUGCGGCUGUAGUAACGUUGCUUAUUCUUGUUUUUUGCGUGUGUAAAAUCCGAAAACCUGUUGAAGAUAACGCUGGAACGUCUCCUGCUCUACCUGCACCUGAGCGUGGAUACCCGCUCAACUGAACAUGUGACCACAACGAAGCUCAAAUGCUUGAUGGGCCCACAGCACCCGGUAUCUGUACCUGCAACGCCUUUUAUUCCGUCCCUGGACCCGACCUGUGAUGGCUGCCACCGUUUCUUGGAACCUUUCUCAGUUUAUCCCGUUAGCUGCUCCUGCUC